UCUUUUUUUAAUCGCACGCUCUACUUCCCGUUUCCUCCUCUUCAUCGUCGUCGUCAUCUUCAGUCGGUCUCACGGUUAGCACACUCACAGGCAGACGGCGAACAACGAGAGCAGCCAACAUGUCCGAGUCAAAGAAGAUGACGUCGAGUCGCCGCCAUCAUCUGAAGAGUUUGAUGCUUCAGAUCGCCGCCAACUGGAUCGAGCAGGAGAAGAAAGACCUCGACGCGGCCAAGGAGGCCCACAUGGCCGAGAUGUGCCCCAAACCCAACCUCAGCGGGGACAUGGCCAGCCUGGUGGAUAUCUGCAAGAAGCUUCAGUCGACCAUCGACAAGAUCGACGACGCCCGCUAUGACAUCGAAUCCAAAGUGUUGAAGAUCGACGUUGAGAUCCAGGACCUGAAGCUGAAGGUGGUGGAACUGGCGGGCGUGAAGAAGCCGGCGCUGAAGAAGGUGCGCAUGUCGGCCGACGCCAUGUUGCAGGCGCUGCUGGGGGGGAAACACAAGACCACCAUCGACCUCAGGUCCAACCUCAAGCAGGUCAAGAAGGAGAUCAAGGAGGAGCCCACAGAGGCCGUCGGAGACUGGCGCAAGAACAUCGAGGACAAGGCCGACAGGAAGAAGAUGUUUGAGACCUCCUAGAAACAAAACAAAUAAAUCCUGACACAUAAUAA